AUGCUUAACCUUCCAUCAGUGAUACUGUUGCUAUUUCUUAUUGUCACAGUGUCGUCAAUGGCAAUCGAUGUAAAGAGGGACUUUGGAUUACCCUUCUCCAAUGCUGAGCGAUGGAAGAGAGACGUCAACAAACAACUCGAGCGAAUCCAUCCACGAUUCCGUCGACAGUGGGGAGGUAUGGGAGGAUGGGGACCCCCACCCCCACCUCCACCAUUUGGAGGAUCUGAUCAAUCACAAUCUUUCGACAUCAACACACCUUUCGGUUCGAUUGGAUUCAGCGAUAACCAAGUUUAUCUAUGGUUUGCUGAUGAAUGGUUGAAGAUGAACAGGAAGAAGCACUCGAAGAGAGGAGGUUCGCAAAAGAAGAAAAAAGAGAAGCAAAAAUCCAAAAAGAAGUUUAAAAAGGAGGAUUCCGAGGAGGAGUCUUCGGGAGAUGAUGAAGACGACACUUCAACUGGUGAAGAAGAAGGCGAUAAAACAGAACAGCCCAAGCAGCCAGCUUCUCUCCCACCUCCACCGGAAAAGACGCCACUACUCGGAGCAUUGUCAAAGGCGCCCCAGCAGCCACCAUGGUUCAAGAUGAAGCUAUACGAAGAAAUACGACCAGAUUUGGUUCCUCCCACAGGUAGAAGUCUUUUAGAGAGUCAUGAAAUUGACUUGCUGGAUAACUUCUUGAGGGGAAAUGAACAGCUUCAAGCCGGUGAUCUUGUCAUCGCUGAUGAUAACCUUGAUGAAGAAUCCCGUGAGUACUCGCGGUAUGAGGUGCUCAUAAAAUACAACGAAGGCCGCUACUCUGCCGUUUAUAUAGUUGUGAAGCAGACGUGUACCGACAACGAAGAAGUACUUGACAGCACAUUGUAUGCUAUGAAGAGUGGCUUACGAAAGGACAGUCCUUGCACCAAGCUACGUUUUAAGAGAGAACUCCAAGUCUUAAAGGAUCUGAAGAACGGUAAUGCCAUGAGGAGUCCUCAUUUGAUCGAUAGCGGUAGAGUUUGUGAUAGAUCCUACAUAGUUAUGACUCUUCUGGACAGGAAUUUAGAGAAGCUCAAAGAAAGUGUGAAAGGCACCUUCCGGCCAACGUCUGUCUAUCACUUGGCUGCAGAAGCGCUAUCAGCUAUAGAGGAUGUUCAUGUACUUGGCUAUGUCCAUCGAGAUGUCAAACCAACAAAUUUUUGUGUUGGUCUACAGGUAGCAGCCGUACGGCUGUUUUUGAUAGAUUUUGGAGAGACUGUCAAAAGCGGGAAAGCUAUUAGUUACGCAACACCAGACGCAUAUUCUCUUCCCUAUAUGUCGAUCGACGCUCACAAACGGGCAGUAGCCAAACCUAAAAUGGAUCUGGAAUCGUGGUUCUACACAUUUUCUGAAUUGCUUUAUCCACAAAUUUUAACUUGGAAGCAGAGUCACAAUGAAGCUGAAAUUCAGGAGGCUAAGACGAAGUUCUGGGAUAAUUUAGCGGAGUCGCUCACCUCUUGUUCUCCACAGAUGAAGGAAGCCGCGAAGAUAAUCAAAUCAGCAACCGACAAGAUUGACUACAACGGUCUGAGGCGGCUCAUGGAUGAAGCAAGGGACUCUCAUUUAAAAGGAACUCCGCUCACUUUGGAAUGGGUGAAGAAAAUGCCAAAAGUGAUGCCAAAGAGAGGAGAACCCAUUAAUUUGACUCAUCUUGACACAGACCAGUCGACGAGAAGCUCAAAGAAAAAACAGAAAGAAAAAGCACAAGAAAAAGUGUCCCAUGUGGACGAAUUGAGGAAAUCUCUCACUAUGAGUCUUUUCCAAAGAUUCCGUUUCCGUCCCAAGAAAAAGAAGCUUGCUACAAUGAUAGCAAACUCUGAUGCUGGCAGCGCCGAAUCUACCUCAGGUGAAGGCCAGGCUAGCGAUAGCGUUGCGGUUGAGCCUUCUGAGAAGCCAAAAAGUGAAAAUGUGGAGCCCACUCCCGCACAAGAAAAACAGGCUAAGGAUGAACCCAAGGAGUCGGUCUUCGAAAGAAGUAUCCGAAGAAUAAGAACGAAAUUAAAGGGUACACCAAAGCCAUCGGAGUCAACGUCAUCCGAAAAAUCUGCGGAGCCUGCUAAAAGCACCGAACCGGCAGCUCCUCAACAGCGUCCAUCCAGCGAGACAGUCAAACCUUCACCAGCACCAUCGCAAGGUCCUACGCCAGCUGUCACAGCUGCGACAGUAGGAUCUACCGAAUCAACAGAAGCACGCCCCAAAAGCACACCUGCACCGAGCCAACCUUCCAAGGAACAUGAAGGAACUUUCUUCCAGAGAAUUAGUCUUCGGGUGUUGCGCAGGAAAAAAACUGCCGCUCCUGCCACCAAACCUCCGGAAGAGAAAGUAGAAGCCGCCGAGGAAAAGAUCUCUCAACCAGAGCCUACGACUUCAAAAUCUUCGGAGAAGCCAACGAGUCUUCAGAGUGAUCGAAAAGAGGAACCGAAGAAGGUAGAAGCGGAAGCACAACCAGCAGAGGAGGGAAAAGGGGAAAAACGCUCACAGCUACUCGAAAAAUUGAAACGGUAUACCAAGAAAAAGUCUCCUGGUACAAAAGAGGAAGUUCAACCUACAGUGACAUCAUCCGAGACGACACCCGUUCCGCAAAGUGACGGCAGUUCUGCGGCAUCAGGCAAGGCAUCAUCCGAUGACGAUAAAUCCAUGGCGAGACGGUUGCUAAGACGGUUUCUUUCGAAGAAGAAGAAGAGUCCGACGGAAUCGGAUCAAGAAGGAGCUGCUCAAGGAGGUUCUUCGAAAGCCCCUGACUCUACUAAAGAAGGAGGGCAAAAAGAUUCGGGUAUCGCUGACCAAAAGGGAAGUGUUAGAGACAAAGAAAUUAAAGAGGUUGCUACAAAAACUACGGAUAGUGAGAAGAAAGCCGAGGAAAGGAAGAGCGAUGAAGCUGGAUCAGCAAAGAAAACCACAGGAGCUGAGCAGAAAGGUGAAAAAACUGAGAAAAAGGCUGUUGAGGCUGCUGCUGCGGGGAAAAAGGCUGAAGGAAAUUCCGAGAGGAGCGUAGAACCGACACCUUCUGAGCAGACACCUGCACCAAAGAAGGCCAGUAGGCUGAAGAUGUUUUGGAAGAGGUUCAAGGGGAAAGAAUAA